UCUGAAUCUUGAAUACAUAAAUAACACCGCAAAAAUGUCUUUAGUUGUCCAAGAACAAGGUAGUUUCCAACACAUUUUACGGUAUGUGUCCAUCAUUUUACCACCAACAACGAGAUAUGAGAAACGGGAUUGAAACCGAGGUCACCCGUCCAAGCCAAAAGAGAGACAACCAUAUCGAAGCGGAAGAGAGCCUACCACAAAGUACAGAGACAGACAACGUGUCAGCGAAAGGGAGUCCAAAAGAUGCGAGCUACCAAACAUUGUGAAAAAUCUUCAUACAUGCCAUGACUGAACUGAACGACACGGGAGGUCUGAUCAACCCUGUAUGAAGGAGAUAAAGCUGGGAAAAGUUCAACAGUACCUGUUUCCCAAAAGCCUCGCCCUGCCUCGUAUCCUCAUGUCUCAUUCAAUUUCGUUGUGAUUUGGUCCACUCUAUGAACAUUAAACUAACACACUAUAGUUUGCUUAACACCAACGUUGAUGGUAGAAUCAAGAUUAUGUACGCCUUGACCACCAUCCGUGGUGUUGGUCGUCGUUACUCCAACUUGGUCUGUAAGAAGGCUGAUGUUGACUUGAAGAAGCGUGCUGGUGAAUUGACCCAGGAAGAAUUGGAAAGAAUUGUCACCAUCAUGCAGAACCCAACCCAAUACAAGAUCCCAGCCUGGUUCUUGAACAGACAGCGUGAUGUUGUUGACGGUAAGGACUCCCACACCUUGGCCAACCAGUUGGAAUCUAAGAUGAGAGAUGACUUGGAGAGACUUAAGAAGAUCAGAGCCCACAGAGGUAUCAGACACUACUUCGGUUUGCGUGUUAGAGGUCAACACACCAAGACCACCGGUAGAAGAAGAGGUUAAACGUACUGCUCUUGUGUCUUGGAAAGAUAGUCUUGUGAACCUUGUGCUUAUGCUGACAUCUCUUUUCUUUUACUACUCAUGAAUGUACUUUAUACUUCCC